AUGGGAAUCAGCCGUGACAGUCGACACAAGCGCUCGGCAACGGGAGCCAAACGCGCUUUUUACUGCAAGAAGCGUAAACACGAACUUGGACGUCAAGCAGCCAACACCAAGCUUGGUCCUAAGCGUAUUCAUGAGCUCCGCGUCCGCGGUGGAAAUCACAAGUUCCGCGCCAUGCGCCUAGAUUCUGGAAAUUUCGCCUGGGGUUCUGAGGCAAUUACCAGAAAAACCCGUAUUUUGGAUGUCGUCUACAAUGCUUCCAAUAAUGAGCUAGUGCGCACAAAGACGCUUGUCAAGGGUGCCAUCGUUCAAAUCGAUGCAACUCCCUUCCGUCAAUGGUGGGAAACCCAUUAUGGCGUCGCUAUUGGGAAAAAGAAGGCUGAAGAAAUUGCAGACCCAUCCGUUGCCCAAAAGGAGCCUUCUGAAGCCGUCAAAGCUAAACACGCUAUGCGCGCGCAAGACGCAGCCGUUGAUGUGCAUGUGAAGGAGCAGUUCAACACCGGUCGUUUGUAUGCUAUUCUCAAGUCCCGUCCCGGACAAAGCGGACGCGCUGACGGAUAUAUUCUUGAGGGCCGCGAACUCGACUUUUACCUCAAGAAGAUCAAGCACAAGAAGUAA